CUGCAGUGCCCUCUGGAAUAGUAUGACUUUUCGCCUUAAAAACGGACGAAAAGGCCAACUCCUCCCACUGCCAGGAACUAUCUUGUCUUCAGAGUCUGGGAUAAAGGCUAGCAAAUGAGAAAGCUGUGUUUUUGCGGUCCUUCCCUAACACUUCCAGAGGACCUUCAUUCUUGCCAUUUUUCUAGUCUCCAGAUUUCUCUAGAGCAAUGACCCAGAAGACUUUAUCAGUUUACGAUUAGAGUGACAUUGUUCCCUGAGCCCCCGAAAUGGCAGCUAAAAUGGAGAUAACUUUGAGUACCUACCCUGAGGAUUCUGACAAGCAGGAGAGACAUAUAAUAAUGACGCUCGAAGAGAAACGUGGGUCCCCUCAGCAAAAAGCCUGUCCUGAUCCUGAGCUUUCCCGCCAGAGCUUCCGACACUUUUCUUAUCAAGAAGUGUCUGGACCCCAGGAAGCGCUCUCCCGCCUUCGACAGCUCUGCACACAAUGGCUGCAGCCUGAACUACACACCAAAGAGCAAAUGCUGGAGCUCCUAGUGAUGGAGCAGUUUCUGGUCGUCCUACCUCCAGAGAUCCAGGCUCAGGUCUGGCCUCGAUAUCCGAUGAGCAAUAGGGAGAUUGUGACUCUGGUGGAAGAUUUGCACAGAGCAUCCAAAAGACCAAAGCAGUGGGUGACCGUUUGCAUGCAAGGGCAAAAGGUGCUCCUGGAGAAAACAGGAGCUCAGCUUAUAGAACAAGAACCUCGAGACUUUCAGCCCCAAACUCCUAGCAGAGAUACUCAAGAGAACUCUCUGGAUGGGCGAGGAGCUCAUGACCGGCUGAGUCCCCAUCACUGGGAAAAAUUACUCCUCCUUCAGGACCCAGUGCCCAGAUUGACUGAGACAGAGGCCUCCAGAAUGAGAAGUGACAACAAGGAGAAUCCGAAGCAGGAGGGAGCAAAAGGAGCAAGGCCGUUUGAGGUGUCACCCGGAAGAGCUAAAGGGAAUACUUUGCAUGGCCCUGAGCCAAGAGGGAUGACCAGGAGUGAAGGCCGGUUGUCAGGGUGGCAGGGCAGCCCCUCACGUGCUCAGGCGCCACUCGCUCACUACCAGAGACACUGCAGAGACCUGGACUCUAUCAGCAACCCCCUCAGGGGUCCCCCACUGAGAGAGCUAAAGAAAAGCGGAGGAGGCGAAAGAAGCCUGAGCAGCCUUCUGCACCGCCUUAGUCACCAGGCAGCCCACUCAGCCAGGAAACCCUAUAGAUGCGAUGACUGUGGGAAAAGCUUCACGUGGAACUCGGAGCUGAAGCGGCAUAAGAGGGUGCACACAGGGGAGAGGCCCUACAUCUGUGGGGAGUGCGGGAACUGCUUUGGGAGGCAGUCAACUCUGAAACUGCACCAGAGGAUCCACACUGGGGAGAAACCAUACCAUUGCAGCCAGUGUGGGAAGAGCUUCCGCCAAAGCUCUAACCUCCACCAGCACCACAGGCUCCACCAUGGGGACUAAAGAGAUGCUGUGUGCGUCACAGCCCCAGAGGAGGGCUGCCAGU